AUGUAUAUCAGAUCUGCGUCCGCUUUCAACGCUGAUCCUCAAUCAUACGAGAUGCCCUCAACAGCCGCAGUUGACAAAGCAAUGAACCAUGUCAUGGAGAGUGUCUUGAUUGCCAUGAGUGUCGGAACUCUGUUCAUCAUCGCUAUGCUUGGGGCCAUAUGGGUCUACAUCGGCAAGCCGAAAAGCGAGAAAUCAGGAGAGUCAGAGGAACAAAACAUUGCGUCGAAGGAAGGACAAGUUCAACUUGAACCGAUCAAAGCUGAGAUCUCGCUACUAGAACUGGCACACGUGAAGGCCGGUAAGAAGUGA